AUGGGCCAUCUCAUCACGGUCGCAACAUGCAGCCUCAAUCAAUGGGCACUCGACUUUGAUGGCAAUCUCGAGCGGAUCCUUGAGAGCAUCAGGCUAGCAAAGGAGCGAGGCGCCAAGCUCAGAGUGGGACCAGAGCUAGAGAUCACAGGCUAUGGCUGCUUUGACCAUUUUCUCGAGGGCGACACCGUGCUGCACUCUUGGCAAGUCCUCGCUAAGCUGCUCUCGGAUCCCGCAACCCGGGACAUACUCUGCGACGUUGGCAUGCCAGUGGUUCACAAGAAUGUGCUCUACAACUGCCGCAUCUUGUUCUACAACGCCAAGAUACUGCUCAUACGACCCAAGUUGUGGCUAGCAAACGAUGGCAAUUACCGCGAGCUACGCUAUUUUACGCCCUGGACCAGACAUCGCCAAACGGAGGAACACUACUUGCCACGAAUGAUCAAGGCGAUCACCGAGCAAACUACCGUGCCGUUCGGAGAUGCCGUCAUUGCGACCGAGGAUACUGCUCUCGGCGUCGAGCUGUGCGAAGAACUCUUCACGCCCAAUAGUCCCCAUAUAGCAAUGGGCUUAGACGGCGUCGAGAUCUUCACCAACUCCAGUGGCAGCCAUCACGAGCUCAGGAAACUUUACCGGCGCAUCGAUGUCAUGAAAGAAGCCACUCUCAAGGUGGGAGGAAUAUAUCUAUAUGCCAAUCAGCAAGGCUGCGAUGGGGAUCGGGUCUACUAUGAUGGCUGCGCACUCAUCGCUAUCAAUGGUCAGAUCGUUGCGCAAGGAUCGCAGUUCUCACUCGCAGACGUAGAGGUCGUCACUGCCACACUAGACUUGGAAGACGUGCGAUCCCAUCGCAACAGCAGCAGUCGAUCUCAGCAAGCCGCACAAGCCGAGCGAUACCAGCGAAUCCAGGUGGCCACUGCUCUCAGUACGACAGACAGCGACGCCCUCAUCGAUCUCGAAGUCUCGAAACCCAUCGAAGUGCGCUAUCAUCCGCCAGAAGAAGAGAUUGCAAUGGGGCCAGCUUGCUGGAUGUGGGACUAUCUACGACGCUCAAGAACGAAUGGCUACUUCGUGCCUCUUUCUGGCGGUAUAGAUAGCUGCGCGACGUCAGUCAUCACCUACUCGAUGUGUCGACUAGUCGCGGCAGAAGCGCGGUCAGGCAAUAUGCAAGUGAUAGCAGAUGCACGUCGAAUAGCAGGUGAAAGCCCGGAAUCGAUGUACGUACCUAUCGACGCCAAUGAGUUCUGCGGCCGGAUCUUCCACACUUGCUACAUGGGCACCGAGAACUCCAGCAGAGAGACGCGGCAACGUGCAAGAGAGUUGGCAAGUGCUAUCGGGAGCUAUCACGUCGAUCUGGACAUGGACAUCGUCAUCACAGCCGUCCGCGAUCUCUUCGCACUCGUCACGAAUACACGACCGAAAUUCAAAGUACACGGAGGCAGCAGUGCCGAAAAUUUGGCGUUGCAGAACAUUCAAGCUCGGCUACGCAUGCUACUCGCCUAUCUCUUCGCACAGCUAUUGCCAUGGACGCGCGGUCUGACAGGCGCCUUGCUCGUGCUGGGCAGCGCUAACGUCGACGAGAGUCUGCGAGGCUACUUGACGAAGUACGACUGUUCAAGCGCAGAUAUUAACCCCAUCGGAGCGAUCAGCAAGACCGACCUGAAGCGCUUCAUUGCAUAUGCCGCUACCGAAUUCGACUUGCCCGUCCUCAACGACUUCCUCAAUGCAACACCGACUGCAGAGCUCGAGCCAAUAACGGACACGUAUGUGCAAGCGGACGAAGCCGACAUGGGCAUGACAUAUGACGAGCUGAGCAUCUUCGGACGACUUCGCAAGAUCGACAAGUGUGGUCCCUACUCGAUGUUUACGAAACUCGCCUCCCAAUGGUCUGGUAUUCUCAGUCCUACGGAAAUCGCAGAGAAAGUGAAGCUAUUUUUCAUCGAAUAUGCGCGCAACCGACACAAGAUGACUACCUUGACGCCUUCAUACCAUGCUGAGGCGUACAGUCCAGAUGACAACCGAUUCGAUCUGCGGCCGUUCCUCUACCCUUCCCGCUUCCCAUUCCAAUUUCGUCAAAUCGAUGAAAAGGCAGCCUCGAUGCCUGACAAGUCUGCAAAAGAGGACAGAGGCAAAGCCAAAGUCGAGUGA